AUGAAACCGCACCUGAAAAUGAUCCUUCAACUCCUGCUAGAAGCCAGCAUUCUGAGAAUGGUUCUCGGGACAGAGUGUUCUGCUCCGCUUGGAAUGGAGUCAGGAGCCAUAGAGGACAGUCAACUGACAGCGUCGUCUUUCCGCUCAACUUCCUGGGGCAAUAGUUAUCCUCCUGAAGAAGCCCGUCUUAAUAAUGAUGAUGGAGCUUGGUACCCAGCCCAAUACGAUACUGACGAGUGGUUGCAGGUUGAUCUGUUGGUUAAAAAGCAGAUUACAGGAAUCAAAACCCAGGGCCACCAAUACGUUUGGACUUUCGGUACCAUUGAUUACUAUGUGAAAAAAUUCAAGGUUUUGUACUCAGAUGUCAACAAUGAAGCACACUUGGUAACGUUUCAGGAGAGCGGAUCCGACAAAAUCUUUGACGGUAACACCGAUGCAGACGGUGUGAAGACCAACAACUUUGAACCACCAAUAAACGCACGGUUUAUCAGGCUGAUGGCGACGGACUGGCGGUGGAGAAUUGCCCUUCGUCUAGAACUUCUUGGGUGCGAUCUGCAAAAGUGUUCAUCUCCUCUUGGCAUGGUAUCAAGGGAUAUAACAGACAGUCAGUUGAGGGCCUCGUCUUCAUACAACAGUUCUUGGGGUCCAAACGAAGCUCGUCUCUACAACAAUCGAGCUUGGUACCCAGGCCGCUAUAAUCAAAAUGAGUGGCUACAGGUCGAUCUGCUUAAGAGGACGUCUAUAACGGGGAUUCAAACUCAAGGAGAUGUGCUUGCGCAAUUUAGUACCCAUCGCUAUGUGAAAUCUUUCAAACUAUCAUACUCUGACGAUGGGGAAGCUUGGAACACUAUUCAGGAUGACGGAAGAGAGAAGAUCUUUACAGGUAACAGCGAUGGAAAUGAGAUGAAGACAAACAACAUUGACCCUCCAAUAAGGUCAAGGUUCAUCCGACUGAAAGCGGUUGCAUGGCAGAGUGGAAUUGCGUUUCGUUUGGAGCUCCUUGGAUGUGAGCUACAAGGUGAACAGGUAGCAUAA